AAACAAAGAAGCUAAAAUAAGUCGUUUACUUCCCGCCCUCCCUAAAAGAAACAAUACAAGACCCGAGACUGUUCUGCGUCCUGGACGUCUCUCCCUCCUGUUCUGGUCUUCACCCUGGAAGUCUCCCCGGUCUGGUCUAGACCCUGGACGUCUCCCCGGUCUGGUCUGCACCCCAGACGUCUACCCGGCUUGGUCUGCACCCUGGAUGUCUACCAGGCCUGGUCUGCGCGGGGCGGGUGUGGACCUCGGCUGUCAGCGCCUUACCUCUCUUCCUCCAAACGCGGGAACUACAAUCCACGCAUUUGAAACCAGACUGGCGUCUCCCACGUGAGUAGCGCCAGUCUGUAGUAUCAGUGUACCUACUAUACUGUACUACACUACACUGUACUGUACUCGACUUCAGCCUACUUACCACUCGUUCUUUUUCGCGCCUUCGACGAGUGACGCACGCGCUCCCAAGUUCGGAUGCUACAGAGCCGCCACGUGUAGUCCGCUAGCUUCAGACACAGGGCACGCGCCAAGUGGGGUCCUCCUCGUCUCGUCGCUAGGGUGCUUUUUUUGUUGUUUUGGUUGUUGUAGUUGUUGUUGUUGAUGGAAGAAAGAAAGGGAACAAUGGCACGCGUUGGGCUCCUUUGCCGACACGCGCCCGCCGUUCUGGACGCACCCCGCGGUUGUUCUAACAAAAGAAGCACGGCUCACGUCUCACGGAUGCAGUGAGGAGACCAGUGCCCUGAAGUUGGGGUAGCCUCGGUGCGAUUCGGUCCGAUGGGGUCCGUCCAGAUGUCCGUCGAGCACGCGGGACUCCUCGGUGUGGUGGCUGUGCGUCAUCUUUGACUUUGACUGACACUAGACUGACGUGACGUCGCGGAUAAUUAUUCAAAUCAAUGAUCAAUCAAUGCAGAGUUCAACGUGCGAACUCGUCUUACCCACCAAGGGGCAGAGGAGGAAAGGACCGGGCCGAAUGGACUGGGGAUCAACAAGUUUCUACUCGUGCGUAAUUUCCCUCGGAGCGUGCUUCGGUGCGGUCCUCGUCACACGUGAUCCACAAAUCACCCUGCUGCAGAUAUCUUUCAUCUGUCAAGAAGACUAGCCCCCACCCGGUUAUCAUCUCUGAUAACACGCGUUCUCCCGUCACGGUCGGUCUCAUCCAUGGACGAGCGUCCGCUGCCUCCACGGGUCUCCUCCAACGCGGAGGACGCACGGAAACUCUGCGCUCCUAUAGAAACAUCGGAGGGGGGAAAGGACACAAAGCCAAGGGAUCUGAAUGAAUGGGACUGAGCAUUAUUUAUUUCCUCGCCUCCCCCUGCCAGUUGUAUGUGUCCUUUACCCCGCCGGCUGACCGGGUCCCGCUUUGUCUAGAUCGGUCGAUCGGUGCAAACGGUUCAAAACACGGCGCGACAAAUGUCGAAGAAACGGAAAAGUCCUGAGGAUGGCGACGUUGAGGAAUUCGCGCCCGCUGGAUGCAGUCAUCAAGGUUUGACGGAUGAGAAAGUGAAGGCGUACCUCUCAGUCCACCCGCAGAUCCUGGAGGACUUUGUAUCGGAGAGCGUGAGCGCAGAGACGUUGGACAGAUGGCUGAGGAGGAAGACCAGCGGCAGGCCUGCAGAUGACGCAUCAGCUAAAGAUGUCAGCAGGUACCAGGACACUGACAUGCAGGGAGUCGUGCACGAGCUCAACAGCUACAUGGAACAGCGGCUGGACACUGGAGGAGACAAUAAGCUGCUGCUUUAUGAGUUGUGCAACAUUAUCAAGACAGCAACAAAAGCUGACGGAUUUGCACUUUACUUCUUGGGAGAAUGCAACAACAGUCUGUGUUUGUUCACUCCAACAGGGGCCAAGGACGGGCCCCCGUGCCUCAUCCCAUCCGGUCCUAUCGCUUUCGGGACCACGAUCGCCGCUCACGUUGCCAAGACUCGCAAAACACUGCUGGUUGAGGACCUGAAAGGGGAUGAACGCUUCCCGGACGGCACAGGGCAUGACUCAGGGAUCCAUGUUCACUCAGUCCUGUGCCUCCCAAUCCUAACUGCCAUCGGGGACCUCAUCGCCAUCCUGGAACUCCACCGGCAGUGGGGCAAGGACCCCUUCAACCUCAGCCACCAGGAGGUUGCUACAGCUAACCUAGCAUGGGCGUCCGUAGCCAUCCACCAAGUACAGGUGUGCAGAGGACUCGCCAAACAGACUGAGCUCAAUGAUUUCCUACUAGAUGUGUCAAAAACCUACUUUGACAACAUUGUCGCAAUAGAUUCUCUACUUGAACAUAUUAUGAUAUAUGCAAAAAACUUGGUGAAUGCGGACAGAUGUGCACUCUUCCAGGUAGACCACAAUAACAAAGAACUCUACUCCGACCUCUUCGACAUCGGGGAAGAGAACGAGGGAAAGCCCGUCUUUAGGAAAACCAAAGAAAUCAGGUUUUCUAUAGAGAAGGGGAUUGCCGGCCAGGUGGCCCGCACCGGGGAGGUUCUGAACAUUCCAGACGCCUAUGCAGACCCGCGGUUCAACCGCGAAGUGGACCUGAAGACGGGCUACACCACCCGGAACAUCCUGUGCAUGCCCAUCGUGAGUCGGGGCACCGUCAUCGGCGUGGUGCAGAUGGUCAACAAGCGCAGUGGAAGUGCCUUCACCAAAACGGACGAGAACAACUUCAAGAUGUUUGCCGUCUUCUGCGCGCUGGCCUUACACUGUGCAAACAUGUACCACCGGAUUCGGCAUUCAGAGUGCAUCUACAGAGUUACCAUGGAGAAGCUCUCGUACCACAGCAUCUGCACCUCGGAGGAGUGGAAGACCCUGACCCAGCUCAACCUCCCCACGCCCAUAUACAAGGAGAUAGAACUGUUCCACUUUGACAUCAGUCCCUUUGAGGAGAUCUGGCCGGCCGUCUUCGUCUACAUGGUGCACAGCUCCUGUGGGAAAACCAGCUUCGAGCUGGAGAAGCUCUGCCGCUUCACCAUGUCCGUGCGGAAGAACUACCGGCGGGUCCCGUACCACAACUGGAAGCACGCCGUCACCGUGGCCCACUGCAUGUACGCCAUCCUGCAGAAGACCACCGGCAUCUUCACCGAACUAGAGAAGAAGGGGCUGCUGAUCGCCUGCCUGUGCCACGACCUGGACCACCGCGGCUACAGCAACACGUACCUGCAGAAGUUCGACCACCCGCUGGCGGCGCUGUACUCCACCUCCACUAUGGAGCAGCACCACUUCUCCCAGACCGUCUCCAUCCUGCAGCUGGAAGGGCACAAUAUUUUCUCCAACCUGACUUCCAGCGAGUACGAGCAGGUGCUCGAGAUCAUCCGCAAGGCCAUCAUCGCCACCGACCUGGCGCUCUACUUCGGCAACCGCCAGCAGCUGGCCGAGAUGCUGACCCUACGCGGCCUGGACCUCAACAACCACACCCACAGGGACCGUGUGAUUGGUCUGAUGAUGACAGCAUGUGACUUGUGCUCCGUCACCAAGCUGUGGCCAAUCACGCGACUCACGGCCAACGACAUCUACGCUGAGUUCUGGGCCGAGGGAGACGAGAUGAAGAAGAUCGGCCUGCAGCCCAUUCCCAUGAUGGACCGAGAUAAGAAGGACGAGAUCCCACAGGGCCAGGUGGGAUUCUAUAACGCCGUGGCUGUGCCGUGUUACACAACGCUGUCCGAGCUCUUCCCGCCAUCCGGACCGCUCCUCAGGGCCUGCAAGGAGAACCUCACCCAGUGGGAGAUGAUCGCCCGGGGGGAGGUGGAGGACGUGCCGCGGAGGCCCUUGGAGCGCGAGGACGUCGUCGAGGCCCCCCCCCGGGGCUCCAGCCCGGUCAAGGUGGACAACUGACCCGUGGGGGGGGGGUCCCCCCAGCAGGAGCACCCCAAUUCGGCCAGGGCCCCCGGCCUCUGGGGUCCCCAGAGCCAGGAGCCGGAGGAGGAGGAGGAGGAGGAGGAGGAGGAGCCUGGCUCGCCCCCGGCAGGAAAAGGAACGGCCAAUGGGUUCCAAAAUAAAAGGCUGAUUUAUUUUGAAAGAAAACACAAGUGACCUCAUCGGGUGACAGCGCGGCCCGGUCCUCCGCUCCCUGAGACGGACGGACAGACAGACUGCCGAGACGGAGGACCUUUGGUCCCGUCGCCCUGCGUCCACUCAGCUUGGGAUUCAUUUGUUCGAUUGGACCUGCCUGUGUGCGUGUGUGUGUGUGUGUGCGCGUGUGCGUGCGCGUGUGUGUGGGCCGGUUGGAUUGAUUGGGUCGGUCAGAUAGUCUAUUUUCCUUUCUUUUUUCUUUUAUUCUUUUUUUUGUACAUCGGCUGGUUUCUUUUGCGGACUUGUUUUGUGCAGAUGCCUUACCGUCUGAACCUUGCAACCACGGGCUUGGAGAUGUGAAACCAUGACUGUUGCUGUCGUUCGUUCAGGCUUUUAUUUUGUUAGAAAAAAAGGCGCCGUGGGCCUUUAUCCUGUAGAACUGUUAUAAGCUCACGACUACAGAGAGGUGUUCGCAGUGACAGAAGGAAUGUUUAGGAGGAGAUGCAUGUGGCGAGAGCCGCCGUCUUUAGGAGCGGCGCCGGCUAACAUGUUUAUUUUUUUCCAUGACUUUUGAAGCAAAAAUAUGAUGCAGUACUUGAAAAAAAAAACACAAAAAAAAAAACACGAAGAAGACAUUCAGCCUUUAAGGAGCGGAGAAA